AUGUCCUCAAAGAAUUUUUUCAAAGCAAGAACUAUACUGGCUCCCACACUAGACAUCGUUGAAGAGGUCAACAACCAUCUGAUGGCUAUCAUUCCUGGAGGGAAAAAAUUAUAUCUUAGUUCGGAUUCCAUUUGUAUGGAUGAAGAGAAUAUGGAGAGUCAACUAGAUCUCUAUAGUCCUGAAUUACUGAAUAGCAUAAAUUGCUCUGGUUUGCCUCCACAUAAAUUAAUACUCAAGGUUGGUGUUCCGGUGAUGUUACAGAGGAAUAUUAACAAAUUCAGUGGUCUUUGUAAUGGUACAAGGCUACAAGUUAGGAAGCUUAGAAAUCAUGUCAUAGAAUAUGAAGUCUUAACGGGUAACAAUGUUGGUCAUAUUGCUUUGAUUCCAAGAAUGAAUAUGGUACCAACAAAUGAAACCGUCUCAGUUAGAUUCCAACAAAGACAGUUUCCCAUAAUAGUAUCGUUUGCCAUGACAAUUAAUAAGUCUCAGGGACAAACUUUAUCUCAUGUUGGAUUGUAUUUGCUCAAACCAGUUUUUACACAUGGCCAACUAUAUGUGGCACUUUCAAGAGUUAAGAGUAAGAGAGGUUUAAAAGUUUUACUUAUGAAUCACGUAGGAAUGUAUGCAAAUUCAACCAUCAAUGUUGUUUAUAGAGAAGUCUUUGAAAAAAUAGUAUUCUAA